CCACAUCCUGCUCUUCUGGGUCAAGUCUCUCUUGGACCAGCUCUCGCCCAUCACUGCUACUGCGAACUGGCGAUUUUACUUCAUUGGUACUUGGACCUCUCAGAUAGCUUCCGUGAAGAUGGCCUUGCCUGGGAGUCCUACUUGUUCCACCACCAUCUUCUAAUUAUGGGACGAAGUUGUGUCUCCCGGCCUGGGGGUAAGAGAACAGGGCUAAUUAAGCCAUCCAGGAAACACUGGAGGACUUGCCCAGACCCUGAAGAGCUCUAGCGGUUUCUGAAUCCGGCGGUAAGCAUGAUACCACUUCUGCAGUUUCUGCUGGGGAUUUUGGGGCCAGGUGGCUACUUGUUCCUUUCAGGGGACUGUCAGGAGGUAGCCACUCUCACGGUGAAAUACCAAGUGAGAGAGGAAGUGCCAUCUGGCACAGUGAUAGGGAAGCUGUCCUGGGAAUUGGCUCAGGAUGAAAGGUCCGGGCCGGUGAGAGCUACCUUCCAGGUCUUGCAGCUGCCUCAGGCACUCCCCAUUCAGGUCGGCAGGGAGGACGGCCUGAUCAGCACUGCGAGGCGGCUAGAUAGAGAGGACCUAUGCCAGCAGCAGGAUCCCUGCCUGCUUUCCUUGGACGUGCUUGUAAAGGAGGAGCUGGCUCUGAUCCAUGUGGAGAUCCAAGUGCUGGACAUCAAUGACCACCAGCCACAGUUUCCCAAAGGGGAGCAGGAGCUGGAAAUCUCUGAGAGCGCCUCUCUACACACGCGGAUCCCUCUGGACAGAGCCUCUGACCCAGAUACUGGCCCCAACACUGUGUACUCCUACAGCCUGGCCCCCAGCGAGCACUUUGCCCUGGAUGUCAUUGUGGGGCCUAAUGAGACCAAACAUGCAGAACUUGUGGUGUCGAAGGAGUUGGACCGGGAAGUCCACUCAUUUUUUGAUCUGGUGUUGACUGCCUUUGACAGUGGGAACCCCCCCAGGUCAGGCACUAGCUUGAUCAAGGUCAAUGUGCUGGAUUCCAAUGACAAUAGUCCUGUGUUUGCUGUGAGUUCCCUAGAACUACAAAUCCGAGAAGAUGCUGCCCCUGGCACUCUCCUCAUAAACCUGACUGCCACAGACCCUGACCAAGGCCCCAACGGGGAAGUAGAGUUCUUCCUUGGCAAGCACAUGCCUCCAGAGGUAUUGCACACUUUCGGUGUCAAUGCUAAGACAGGCCAGGUCACUCUACGCCAACCCCUAGACUAUGAGAAGAAUCCUGCCUAUGAGGUGGAUGUCCAGGCACGGGACCUGGGUCCCAAUUCCAUCCCAGCCUAUUGCAAAGUCUUCAUCAAGGUUCUGGAUGUCAACGACAACGCCCCAAGCAUCCGCAUCACAUGGGCCUCCCUGUCGUCACUGGUGUCUGAAGCUCUUCCCAAGGACAGUUUUAUUGCCCUUGUCAUGGCAGAUGACUUAGACUCAGGAAAGAAUGGUCUGGUCCACUGUUGGCUGAAUCAAGAUUUGGACCACUUCAGGCUGAAAAGGACUAACGGCAACACAUACAUGCUGCUAACCAAUGCCACACUGGACAGAGAACAAUGGCCCAAAUACACCCUUACUCUGUUAGCCCAGGACCAAGGAGCCCACCCCUUAUCAGCCAAGAAACAGCUCAACAUUCAGAUCAGUGAUGCCAAUGACAACGCACCUGUGUUCGAGAAGAACUGGUACGAGGUCUCCACUCGGGAAAACAACCUACCUUCUCUUCAUCUCAUCACCAUCAAGGCUCAUGAUGCAGACUUGGGCAUUAAUGGAGAAAUAUCAUACCGAAUCCAAGACUCCCCAGUUUCUCACUUAGUAGCGAUUGACCCAGACACAGGAGUGGUCACUGCUCAGAGGUCACUGGAUUACGAAGAGAUGCCCAGCUUUGAGCUCCAGGUGAUAGCAGAGGACAGAGGUCAACCCCAACUUGCAUCCAGCAUCUCUGUGUGGAUCAGCCUCUUGGACGCCAAUGAUAAUGCCCCAGAGGUGAUUCAUCCCGUACUCAGCAAUGGAAAAGCCAGCGUCAUGGUGCUUGUAAAUUCCUCCACAGGUCACCUUCUGGUGCCCAUCGAGACUCCCAAUGGUUUAGAUCCAGUAGGUGCUGAUACACUUCCACUGACCACUCACAGUUCCCGGCCAUUCCUGUUGGUGACAAUUGUGGCAAAAGAUGCAGACUCUGGGGCAAAUGGAGAGCUCCAUUAUAGCAUUCGAAGUGGGAACGAGGCCCAUCUCUUUGGCCUUAGCCCCGACCUGGGGCAGCUAUUCAUCAAUAUCACCAAUGGCAGCAGCCUCAUAGGGAGUGAGUGGGAGCUAGAGAUAGUGGUAGAGGACCAGGGCAGCCCUUCCUUGCAGACCCAAGCCCUUUUGAGGGUCAUGUUUGUCACCAGUGUUGACCACCUGAGGGAUGCUGUUCAUGACCCCAGGGUCCUGAGUACAUCAGUGCUGAUGGUGAUUUGCCUGGCUGUACUGCUGGCCAUCUUUGGGUUGAUCUUGGUUCUGUUCAUGUCCAUCUGCCGGACAGAGAAAAAAGACAACAGGGCCUACAACUGUCGGGAAGCUGAGUCCACCUACCACCAGCAACCCAGAAGGCCCCAGAAACACAUUCAGAAGGCGGACAUCCAUUUGGUGCCUAUGCUCAGGGGCCAGGCAGAUGAACCUGGCCAAGUCGGGCAGUCCCACAAGGAUGCAGGCGAGGAAACAAUGACGGAAGCAGGCUGGGACCCCUGCCUGCAGGCUCCCUUUCACCUCACACCUACCCUGUAUCGGACCCUUCGUAACCAAGGCAACCAGGGAGCCCUGGCAGAGAGCCGAGAGCUGCAGGACACUGUCAACCUCCUUUUCAACCACCCCAGGCAGAGGAAUGCCUCCCGGGAGAACCUGAAUCUUCUGGAGUCCCCACCCACCCCAGGUCAGGCACGAGCAAGGCCCCUGAAGGGCAGCCCCACAGGAAGGCUGCCUGGAGAGCAGAGCGGCGAGGCGGUGCCACAGAGCCCACCAGCCUCCACGGCAACCCUGAGGCGGCAGCGGCAUCUCCACGGCAAAGUGUCCCCUGAGAAAGAAUCGAGCCCCCAGCAGAUUCUACGGAGCCUGGUCCGGCUGUCCGUGGCUGCCUUUGCAGAGCGGAACCCCGUGGAGGAGAUCACUGUGGAUUCUCCGCCAGUCCAGCAAAUCUCCCAGCUGCUGUCCUUGCUGCAUCAGGGCCAAUUUCAGCCCAAACCGAACCACCGGGGAAAUAAGUACUUGGCCAAGCCUGGCGGCGGCAGGAGUGCAGUCCCGGACACAGACGGCCCAGGGACCAAGGCUGGUGGCCAGGCAGAGCCAGACCUGGAGGAAGGGCCCCUAGACCCCGAGGGGGACCUCUCCGUGAAGCGGCUGCUAGAAGAAGAGCUGUCAAGCCUGCUGGACCCCCACACAGUCCUGGCUCUGGACCGGCUCAGUGCCCCCGACCCAGCCUGGAUGGCGAGGCUGUCUCUGCCACUCACCACCAAUUACCGAGAUAACGUGAUGUCUCCAGAUGCUGCAGUCUUGGAGGAGCCAAGGACCUUCCAGACCUUUGGCAAGGCAACAGCAGCACCUGAGCUGAGCCCAACAGGCACGCGGCUGGCUAGCACCUUCCUCUCAGAGAUGAGCUCGCUGCUGGAGAUGCUGCUGGAGCAGCGCUCCGGGGUGCCUGUGGAGGCUGCCUCUGAGGCGCUGCGGCGGCUCUCGGUCUGUGGCAGGACCCUAAGUCUGGACCUGGCCACCAGUGCGGCCUCAGGGACCAAGGUGCAGGGGAGCCUGGACGGAAAGAAGGGAGCUGAGGACAACAGUGGAAGUGACAGCAACAGGUACCUGUGAGCACAGCCAGAGGCCUCUGGAUGCAAGAAGGAGGCUCCUGGGACAUGCCAGAGAGCCCAGGCCCCGAGGGUCAGAGGUAUAUGAGCUGUUUUCUAAAAUCUUAAAGCUCAUCGACCAGAGCUGGCCCCAGUGUGACUAUUUCUGGCCAACAGAGGAGGCAGGACCCCUGUGCUACCAGCUGACUGAGCAGAACAGCCCCUUGAAAGGGACUCUGGGAAUUUUUUAGAAAACAGGGACAGUGUUGCAGAGGUGUUUGCUGGGAAAACACAGCGCAAAGAGCCGAUCCUCAGGGCAAACAGAUGCCUCAGAGGAUCGCAAGCAGGGAAGGUGGCUUUGUUGGAUCCUGAAGGCGGAGGGCUAGAUUCUGGGGACAACAGGCAGUGCACUCUGUCCUACAGAUAAGGGAAAAGCAGCCUCUCAUUCUUCUGUUUGCAACUGUCAAGAAGGGAAUUAUAAUAGAAUGAGAGUUGUUAUUCCAUCCCUGGCAAGAAAAUCAUGCUGAGCUUGACAGGAGUGGCGUAGGUCAGUGCAGCGAUGUGCAUGCGGGUGGUAGACAUGUGUGCUCUCAACCCCACGCCCCUAUGUUACGAGUAAUCUGCUUCUCAGCUGGAAAACCAGGAUUGAAAAAAAAUCAUAUAAAUGUUCUAUAUCUAUAUGAGCCAAGCACCAGGCUUUACAAUAGGAUUGGAUUUUCCCACCAUCCUAGGAGGGGGGUACUCUUACCCUCACUUCACAGACAGGCCUGUAAAGCUUGGGAAAGUUGAGUGCCAUUCACAAGAUUGAAUAAGGGAGGGCCUGGGAUUUAGCUCAGUGGUUCUGCCACCUGCCUCGCAAAUGCAAGAACUCAAGUUCGAUCCUCAGUACCUAAAACAAAACAAAACAUUCUUAGAAAAGACUGUAAAAGGGAUAGAUGCAGAGCCAGGAUCUGGAACCAGACUGGACCGACACCAAAACCCACAGCCUCAGCCUCAGCACUAGACUGCCAGCCGAGGAAUGGAAAAAACCCCAUGGAUGAGCUUUUGCCAGGGAAACAGCAGUGGACAUGCUGAGCUCCCCUCAGAAAUGCUGCUGAACUUCUCCAAAGCCAUUCAUGGUCAUACAACUCUGCAUUUGUAAAGCACAAGGUUAGAGGACCUGGAUCUGAUCUGCUGCAGGACCUCGCCUUCCCCAAAGUUGUCCUUUUGGUGCAGAAGUCAUCAUUCCCAAACCCUGUUCACAUGUAAAUCUCCCUCUGUCAUAGCAGGCUGGGCCCUGUGAAUCCAGGACCCAGAGGACAGUACAUGAACUGGGUCUAUGAAAUCAACACUGACAGCAGCCAACCUUCCAGGGAAUGGGGAGUAAAAAUCAGCAAAUAUUUUCCCAAGGUUCAGCCUUGGGAUUUUCCUGGAAGUUUCCAAGCAGCAAUAGCUUAUAAAUUGCGGGGAGCUCUCCUGGACACCCAGGACAGAAGUUCCUCUGCUCUCUCUGCCAGGCAUGGAGCUCAGUGCUCAUCAAACAUAUCCCCCCCAACUACGAAUAAAGAAAGUCAUGUAUUUGAGGUGUAGAAUGGUAUCAUUAUUCCAUUUGCAGAUGAGAAAAACCAGCCCCCCACAAAGUUAAGCACUUUAGGAUCUCUGAUCACCUCACUCUGACAGUGUGAUUUUUAAACUGGUUCACAAAACUAGGUUCUGCAGUUCACUGAAGAAGGGUAAGGGAAACCAAGCAGAUGGGGUCUCCAGCCUGACCAGGCAGAUGCCUCGCACAGAAAGGAACUUGAUGAGUAUCUGUUGAAUAGAUGUGUGAAUGAAUAAAUGUGUAGACAAAGGUGUCAGAGUCCCCUGUAACCGUAUGAAGCUCCAGGUAGGAUUACAUUGGGGGAAAAUGGUCCCAUUAUGUAAAAGCAAAGCCUGAAAACUACCUUACCAAAGUGGACCAUGCUGACCACUGCCCUUCCGCCUUUAGUGGAUUUGCGAUACAGAGCUGAUGUUGAGAGCGUAGAGUAGAGAAGAAAUGGGAGGUAGAGGACGCUGGGACUGUGGCUGCAGCUGGGUCGAUGGAUACGCUGGACCACUGUCACUCUCCUUCAAGUGCUAAAACCACGGUCCUCGAACUUCCUGCAUGCCAAGUACCCUCUGCAGAGGGUACAAAGUUCUCAUCAGAUUACCAAGGGAACGUGUGACCUGCAAAAGAUUAUUAGCACUGCUGCAAGACACCAUCUAAACCUCCACAGAUAGGAGUUGUAGUCACACAAGGUCAGUGUCACAGUAACAUUUAGGGUCACCUCAGACCUGAGUUAACUCUCAGCCCUCCUUUCCCCAUGGAACCCGGAGAACUGCACAGAGCUGCCCUGGUCUGAGGCAAAUGACCUUCAGUCAGGGCUGGGGUUGUGCCGUGAGGACCAGUGCCCUCUCCUGCACCACGCACCCCCACCUAGCAUGCUGACACCAGCACUUUCCCCAGUAACAGGCUGAGAACAAGACCGUACAUAUGGUGACAGAACUGGGUGUGCUGCACAGGAAGGUUACAGAAACUUCUUGACAUCAGCCAAGAUGUCAAAGCUGAGACUUUGGACAUGCUCAAAA